UGGCAAACAUUUUCUUUACAAACGUCAGACCAAUAAGACGAGAGUGCGAUAAAGCAAAGCACAAAACAAACAGACUAAACUUACUUAAAAACACUACAUUGCGGCGCAUUGUGUAACAAAACGAGAAACUAACUAGAUAUCAAUUAAAGUGUUCUUUUUCGGAAAAGAAAAUCAGUUUUUUUCUAAAAUAAAUCUGCAACAAUUUGUUAAAAAGACAACAACGACAAAAUGAGUCAAAUCGUUAACGUUGCUAAACAAACCAAUCGUUUAAUGCCACAAAUCACCAAACAAGUGGCUUGCUUCUCUACCUCCUCGGCCCGCUUACAAGAAGGCGAUGAAUUCAAAGGUACACUGAAACCAAAAAGUGCUCGUUUCACAGAAUUCCAAAAGAAGUUGAGAGCCAAAACACCUUUGGGUAAAUUGGAUGAAUUUUCACGUCAUCCCUUCCAAGAAGUCGAGCCUCUGCGUCCCUGGCCCAACAAUACCAACCCACAUACAGGAGAAAUUGGUGGCCCUGCCGGUCCCGAACCCACACGCUAUGGUGAUUGGGAGCGCAAAGGACGUGUAUCCGAUUUCUAGUCAUCGCCUUGAACAAAUCAACAACAGUAUAAGAACGUAGUUUAGUUAGUUAGCUUAUAGCAUAGAGGCCACUUUAGUUUUGUAUGAUAUAAGAAAAGAUGUGAAAAAAUUGUUUUAGUGUGUAAGUUGCACGGCUUCCCGGGCUGCCUGAUUUACAAAUGUCCGCAGACAUACAUACAUGCAUGCUUACCCAUAGCAACACAGGAAGAAGGGAUAGUUGUUGACAUGAUUUAGAUUAACUUCGAUUACUACUUGUUUAUCACUUGUACAUGGAUUGAUAUGGGGAUAUGUUGUGUUAUUUUUUAUACAACAACCCAGAAUAGACUGCGUAAAUUGUCGUAAUUUUUACUGUAUAUUGUCGUAACUCGAAAAUUAUUAUGUGAAACCAAAAAUAUGUAUACUUAAAACAAAUGAAAACAAAAGAAAACUAUUUAAUAAAAAAAAACUAUUGACAAAAUCUA